CUCCAAUGGCUUUUAGACAACUAUGAAACUGCAGAAGGAGUGAGUCUCCCCAGAAGUACCCUUUACAACCAUUACUUACGUCAUUGUCAGGAGCACAAGCUAGAUCCAGUCAAUGCUGCCUCCUUUGGAAAACUCAUACGGUCAAUCUUCAUGGGAUUACGGACCAGAAGAUUGGGAACCAGAGGGAACUCCAAAUACCAUUAUUAUGGGAUUCGUGUCAAACCAGAUUCUCCCCUUAAUCGGCUACAAGAGGACAUGCAAUAUAUGGCUAUGAGACAGCAACCCAUGCAGCAGAAACAGAGGUACAGGCCUGUGCAGAAAGUGGAUGGAGUUGCAGAUGGUUUCACAGGAAGUGGGCAACAGACAGGCACAUCCGCUGAACAAACUAUAAUUGCCCAAAGUCAACAUCAUCAACAGUUUUUAGAUGCAUCUCGAGUACUUCCAGAGUUUGGAGAAAUUGAAAUACCUUCUCUGCCAGAUGGUACUACAGCUGAGGACAUAAAAUCACUGCAAAGUCUUUAUCGAGAGCACUGUGAGGCAAUAGUGGAUGUUGUUGUGAAUCUUCAAUUUAGCCUGAUAGAAAAAUUGUGGCAAACUUUCUGGCGCUAUUCUCCCUCUGCUCCAGCUGAUGACACAGCUAUUAUUGAACUGAGCAAUCUGAGUGAAAUAGAAAGUCGACUUCCAAAAGGAAAACUGAUUACUCUGUGCAAAAAUGAGUCUAUUCUGAAAUGGAUGGGUAAUUGUGACCAUGUGAUGUACCAGGCUUUGGUGGAGAUUCUCAUUCCUGAUGUCCUUAGACCUAUUCCUA